GUCAUGUCGUCCAGCGCACUCAAGCACAAGUUGACCGAGUCCUGUCUCCAGUCCACAGCUAAGCGCCACCUUCAUGGAUAUGAUCCGCAAGCUCCAUGGCUCCAUGGGUCGGAGUCUCCUGGAAUAUGGCGGACUCGAGACAAUCCCGAUGUGCAGCACUCGUUACCAGCAAAUAUGGUGUCUGCCGUUCAAGAUCUGAUAGACCCCGACUUUGAUCCACUUACAGCGAUGUUGGAUGACGAGCCCAGAUUUCUGAAGCCGUUGCCGACUCGGAUCGCUCCAGAAGACUUGGAGUUUUUGCGCUUUCGUGGUGCUCUCACUCUUCCAGAAAGUGGAUUGCGGGAUGAACUCCUUCGCUGCUAUAUCCAAUGGGUGCACAGUUUCAUGCCGGUAUUGAACUUGCAAGAGUUCCUGCGAUGCGUGGCCGAGAAUGACCCGGAGGGAAACGUCAGCAUCCUACUCUUUCAAGCGGUUAUGUUCGUUGGCACGGCUUUUAUCGAUCUCAAGCAUCUACAGGAUGCUGGAUAUUCGAAUCGCAAGAGCGCACGCAAUGCGUUCUUUACUCGAUUAAGGCUACUUUAUUCUCUGGACUGUGAAGAGGAUCGCAUCGUGAUUCUGCAAACAGUGCUAUUAAUGACCUAUUGGGCUGAUGCAGAGAACAGUCCACAGCGAGAUAUCUGGGAUUGGAUUGGAGUUUGUAAUACACAAGCGCAGUCCAUCGGGUUAAACAAAGACCCUGCAUCAGCCAAUAUUGAUGCACGGACUCGUCGACUCCGUUGUCGGCUUUGGUGGUGUCUGUAUUCUCGAGAUCGACUAAUCGCUAUGGGCAUGCGGCGUCCACUGCAGGUGAACGACGGAGCGAGCAAUGUCCCGAUGCUCAGUAUGAAAGAUUUCGAUUUUGAGCCAUUUUCUCCAUCCGUGGUAGCCAAGUUCUAUUGCCGCCAACUCCAAGAUGUGUCACAUCAGAAACGUCUCGCCACCAUGUUUAUCGAGAAGGUGAAGCUCUGUCAAUGCAUCGGAAGGGUAGUGUUCGCUCAAUACACUCCGUCACAACGUCAAUUUGGAACCACAACCCGAACCACCGUCACACUCGUUCCUCGACAGGCUUCCGAGUCCGAGUUUGCACGCUGUGGUCAGAAACUCGAGUCGUGGCUCAGUGCGCUUCCCAAGGACGCACAAUAUAUCCCAAAGUCCAGGAAGGCCUUCUCCGACGGCGAGGAUGUGCUCUUACUCCAUGGCGCAAUGCUGCGUAUGCUGUAUUAUGCCACCACCAGUGCACUUCACCGGCCUUGGACGAUGGCUUCGAAAGAUCAAUCCAAAUCGCGGAGUGAUUGGCGUAAUGCUGCCCGCGCAAAGAUGAACGAAGCCGCUUCAGGGAUCACACAGAUCAUUCAAGGUUUGAACCAGCUCAACCUCACCAGAUUCCUACCGCAGUCUGGCGUGACUGUGAUUCUACCUGCCGCCGUGGCGCAUUUGUCCAACACCAUGUCUGACAAUCCUGCCGUCCGCGAAAGCAGUGUCUACAAUUUCCAUCGUUGUAUACAAGUGCUCCACUGCCUCAAGGAUAUCUAUCCGGCGGCUGAUAUGGAAUUUGCCAACAUCGAAGCUGCUAUCAAAAUGCAGUCAGGUGCCUCCAGCACCUUUUUCCAGGUUAUGGAUUACAACAACGACGCCCCUGCCACAUCUUUAACGACCAGGAAACCAAGCAAUGUCUCCAUCAGCCCUCCUCAAGCAGAUUCAAUAAUGUCUGAUACUACUGUCUCCGAAACCGAGGGUCACAAGUCACGAGCUCGAACCUCAUCUACCCAAAGCAUGCAUCAACCCAACAUCGAUAACACUCAUGAACCCGCACAACCUUUAUUCUCCGACUUCAACGAAUACGCUGAUCCCAGCAGUGUCGACAACAACCCUUUCAACUAUCUCUCCAUUGACAUCGACUCCUUCCCCGACUUUGAUACCCUGACUGCAACGAAUUCUAAUACCGCCGAUAAAACAUACACCUCACCCCCCGAUCAAGACCAAAAUCCCACAGACUGGGCACAAGAGCUAUUUCCCGACACCGGCCUAAACAAAUACAAUGAUACCCGCAAGCUGCAACAAAGGAAUAUCCAGUCCGAUCACGAUCUCUUCUCAUUCAGUCUAAAGGAAGCAAAUAAUGGUAGUCCCUCACAUUCUCGGCAUCUGUCAAUAAGCGAUGGAAGGGCUGAUAUCACUGGUGACCUGGAUCGGGAUUUGGGAUUCCAAUCUGGGGAUGAUAUAUUUUAA